AUGGGGUGGAAUAAAGAAGUGUAUUGUAGCGUAGCAGGGUGGGUAAGACACAGUAGGCUUAAGCUAGGGCUCUGAGUUAGGUUUCCGGCCAUUCCCUCCCUUCCCCCCCUCCCAUUACCGCUAUCUAAACGCUAUCUAAACCACCCUUCUCCCCCCCCCCCUCCUUCCCUUACCCCCUCCCUCUUACACCAUAACCCAAGCCCUCUCUUAAAACCAUUCACAUUUUAGUUGCCCUCAACCUAGCAACCCUAUCUUUUUCGUGCAUGAUAACACUCGUCUGUACUGUAAUAAUGGCCGUGCCCUUUCUUGUUGAUCCCAUAUUAUAACCAUUCUUUUCCCUUUUCAGCUAGUCAACACUUUGUCAAAACAAAUUUUGAAUGUGAGGUGCCAAAAAGGCGUCUUCAGAAUCCCCGAGAGACGUCACGAAGAUUUUCGACGCCUUUUCAGCGUUAACCAUCUCGACAAGUCGGGGGUGAUAACAAUGCCAGCUCGUGAGUUGGCAUCUGUUCUGAUGAUACCAGGCUCCGUGUUAACACUACCUUUUACUAUUUUAAGUACGGUAACUGGUAUAUCAGCAACUUCUACAGUACAUACUUCUACAGUACGACCUGAUGCCAAAUCCUUUCUUAUGUCACUGGUGAUAACAACUUUACUGUUGACCUUAUCAGCGCCAAAAGUCGACUCUCAACCUUGGUUAUCACCUGACUUUCCAGUAAGACUAAAUGAUGACAAUAUUGACCACCUCACCUCACGACUACUACCCGAAGCUACAGUAUGCCGCUACUGUCUCUGUGACAAACACACGUUGACAGUGACUUGUGCCUCGGCUAAGCUACGACUGAAAACGCUGAUUUUGCCACAAUGGGCCGAGAUCUUCCACGCCUAUAAUGUGUCAGUUCCCGAGUUUCCACACUUUACCUAUCAUCCUGGUUUGAAGGUAUGUAGGGUAGGGUGAUGUAAAGUAAGGAAUUUUAGGGCAGGGUAAUAUAGUGCUUUUUAAUGGUAAAAAAUUUAAAAGUAAAAUACGACAGCUAUAGGUGAUCAUAUUAAAUCUUCUAAAACUUUGUUUACAAAAACAACGUUUUAAAAAUAUUGACGAAAUGUCACUAUAGAUUUUUUUGAAAGGGUACCAAAAUGUCAAUAUUGAUUAAAGUUUUUAGAACAUUUUCUUUGGUAUAUUGCUUCUUUUGAUAACACUGAUAAUUUUAAAAAAAUUUUUAAUAUCAAAUGAAAUGUCAAAAUUGAUUUUCCAAAAAGGUGGCGAAAUGUCAAUAGCGAUUUGACGGUUAAAACAUUUAUUUUUUGAAAGAAAAAAACUCUAACAUACGUUAUACUUACCCUAAUCUACGUUAACUAAAUUAUCUUACUGAGCUUAUGCUACUUUAACAAACAUAGUUUACUAAGCCUGAUGUCAACCUAACAAUAAAACGUCACUUCCAGGUUUUGCGCAUCAACAAAUGCCACCUCAAGCAUUUGCAUCCGCUUUCGUUCAUCCCGUUACCCAAUUUAGAGACGGUUCAUUUGACUGACAAUGAAAUCGAAGCUCUGCCCGAGACCCUGUUCCGACGCCUCACCCAUCUUCGCAUCGUCAACUUGGCACGCAACAAAAUCAACAAUCUGGACGAAUUGGAAUGGUCGUUGCCUGAGGGUUUGAUUCUGGAACAACUUCAUCUUGAAGGAAAUCCGAUCAAAUUGGGGAAGUCGGAGAGCUCGGUGCAUCCCUGGCCACGGACUAGGCAGUUGAACUUGGCUAACACGAAUAUUAUGCAUGUCAAUCAGAGUCAUGUGGUCUUCCAGGACUCACCUCUAUGCCUUCAAGAAGCCUGCCGCUCUCUACGCCUCUCACCUCCAAUCUGGGAGGUCAUGCAUUCUCUCGACCUGUCAGAAAACCACAAGAUUCAUCUUCACCCCAGCUCCUUCAACUCUCUCGCCAACCUCAGUUCGCUGCGCUUAGCCGGCUGUCCCUUAUCUGAUGGUAUCUUAACGUGGCUCGACUCUCCAGCCAAUCAAGUUCGUCAUCUUGACCUGAACGAUGCUCGAUUCGAAAUGCAGAUCCGAGAAUGGAGAUUCUGUGCACCAGCGUUGGAAUGGCUUGACAUUAGUGGAAUAGGUAUAUCAUCGCUCAAAGUGUUACCUAAAUGUUCAAACCUCCAAUGGCUGUACGCUGAGAGAAACAACUUGGAGAAGGCUGAGGUCAAGUCGCAUGCUUUGGUUGGCAUUCACCUCAGAGGAAAUAAGAUCCAAAGCUGGCCACUGCCUACAGGUCAAGAUGCCAUUCCCUUCAGUCGACUCACGUACUUGAGUUUGAGCGACAACCUGAUGGAUCAAGUGCCAGCUCAUGCUCUACAUUCUCUACCUCAACUCGAGAUACUGGACUUGUCAAACAAUCGACUGACUUUAUUGCCUCAGGCUGCUAUGCCAACUAUGGAGUUGAAGCUGAGAAGCUUGAACUUGAGUGACAACUACCUGGAAGAGUUCAAGCCUCCAAUAUUACCAUCGCUGGCCGUGUUGGACUUGAGUGGCAACAACUUGAACAUGAUUGACAAUAGCUUCUGGAUAUCGCUGCCAAGUCUACAACGCCUUCAUCUGGCAGGUAACCCUUCAAACAUGAUGAUCGAUUGGGAAUCCUCGACUCUACGACACGCUACCCAACUCAUGGAACUAGAUCUCGCGAACAUGGGCCUAAAAGAGGUGCCCGAGCUCGGCCAUCUCAAACACCUCAGGUCAUUGAGGCUGGAUUCGAAUAGUAUUGGGUUUUUGGACGGUGCGCGACUCCCAGACUGCCUAAUGAGUCUGAGUGCCCGAGGCAAUUUCAUUCAUUUGUUGGGCAAUUUCACAGAAAGUCAGUUCACAUGCUUAAAGGAAUUGGAUCUGGCCAGAAAUCCAUUGAAAUGCGACUGCUCAUUGGCCUUAUUAUCCCCGGUUUUGGAACAUCAGGCUGGUUAUACGGUGAGUAAUUGGGUUGAUAGAUGGGGUAGACACAACAUUCUUAAAAGUAAACAAAAAGAAUUUAAAAUUAAAUUUUAAGAAUUUACCCUACCCUACUCUAUUCUACCCUACCCUACCCUACCCUACCCUACCCUACCCUACCCUACCCUACCCUACCCUACCCUACCCUACCCUACUCUACCCUACCCUAUCCUAGCAUAUCCUAUCUUGCCCCAUCUUGUCCUACCUUGCUCUACUUUACCCUACCCUCCUUACCUUACUGUGCGUAACCAUACCUAGAUAUUGCCUUACCUUAUGAAAGAUUGCAAAGUCUGAAAAUCCGUUCAUGAAAUUCCGCCCCUCCCUCUUUGUUUCUCUACCCUAUCUUAUAGUUAACCCCAUCUUUUCUAGCUCUACCUUUACUCUAUACUAGAAUUUUGUUACCAGACAGUUACCUCUGCCUUAUUCCUACUCUACUAUCUUUCUUAACAAUACACCCUUACCCUUGCCCACUCAGCUUUUUUUUAUUUUUCAGGUCAAUAAAAUUUUCAAAAAAUGCAUUUUUAGCCCAAAACAAAUUGAUUUAGGCUUGAAAACAUAAACUUUCUAUAAUUUUUUUGAAAUUUUUAAAAUUUUUAAAAUUUUAUCUGAUUAUCACUACUAAAACUUUAAUUUUAAGCAACUUUUUCAUAUAAAAUACUCAAAAACAUGUUAUGUACAUAAAAAUGUACUAACAUGCCUUUUAGUCAUUAAAAUGACACGUUUUUAAUGUCAUCUGUCAUAUCAUCCGGGUAAAAACCACUUUCAUACAUAUAAUAUUACUAUCCGUUUGAUAUGUUACAAACACUAUCUAUGGCUAUUUUCAAGUGAAAUUAGAUAACAUAUUUAUAAAAUACAUUCAAAGCACAGUUUAAAAAUUAAAUUUUUUAAAAUUUAGAAAAAUAUUUUUUUAUUUUAUGAAAAAUGACAGUUAUUAUAUUAUUUUUGUUUACAUAGCCAGAAAGAUGAAGCUAAUUUCAUUAGGCUAAUAAUAUUUUGAGUAAAAAUAGGUGAUAUUACUGUAAUUCAAUAAUAAAACUACUACAAAAAGUGACUUCAAAAAACAUGUUUUUUACCCUACACUUCCCUUCCCUACCCUGUCCUACCUUACUCUACACUGUCUGACCCUACCUUAGUUAAUCCGCCUUACCUUAGCCUAGUAUACCUUACCCUACCUUAUUCUACUCUGCUUUAUCUUGCAAUACUUUAACCUUGCCGUAGCCCUACCUUAUAAAAAAUUUUAAAACUUCACCCAAGCCCUACUGUAACUCCGUCUUUAAAAGGUGCUUAACCUAAAACGCCUUUUUUAAUCUCUAGCCUACCUUGUCUUAAAGCUUGUCUUCUCAAAAAAUGUGUAAUGCUGUUUUUAAACUAUACAGUAGCUCUGGCCUGUAAGAUACUGAAAGCUACAAUACCGUAUUCUACUCUACAAUAAUAUACCUAGCUUUACUCUCACAAUAUUUUAUUUUACCUUGCUCUAUUCUCAACGCAAUCCACCUUGCACUAUUAUCAAAAUAACUAGCUCAGCCCUACUCUUACAAAACAUUAACAAUCGCUUUCAAAUUUCAGGACCGAAGUGAAUACUACUGUUUCUCGGACAACUGGCAACACCCCCUCCGGGCCUAUGUGGAAAGCGCUCGCUUCUGUCAAGACAGUUCGGAUGAGGACCGGUUCACACCACUUUUACUCAAUUUUAUGGGAAUUCUGACAGUUUUCAUUGUACUCGCCAGUCUGACCGCUUUUUUGGUUUUGAGAUUUUGUGCCAUUUUAAGCAAGAGAGUCAUGCCAUUCGCUUACAAACCGGUGUUACAGUCUGAUCUCAUUGUUGACUUGUGA